GGACACGAUCAGCGCGGCCAGAUGGAGGCAGCAGUGUCGCUGCCAAAGCCAAGCUGUUAACUGUGUUAGUUGUGCUACCUUUGAGCACUUAACCAGAAAUCAAGACAGCCUCAGUGUAAGCGUUGGCGAUUAUUAUUACUCAUAUUAUAAACCGCUGACCAUUUCUACUGUUCAGUUUGAUGCCGAACGUUAAGCUGUAAAAAUCGUAGAUUUUGAAAACUGAGCGCGAGCUUUAAGGCAAUUAGAAUAGAAUACUUAGAAGGUCGCUCGUAAGCGCUUAUGUAACUGGAUGCAUUGAAAAGUGAAAGUGUUUGGCGGUGAAUCUAAUUUUUUUUUCAAUACAUUUAAAAACAGUCAAGGAGAUGAAAUAUCUAUUCCCGUUAUUUUUAUGCACAUUUAUAGUGUUUUGUUGCUUUUGUAAUAAUGUUACUAGUAAUAGUGAAGAAUAUUUCUCGUCUGUGGCGGGUUUGGAAAAACUGCUAAUGGUGGAGUACGUGGUGUUGGAUGAGUUACAGAAUUAUAUUGAUUCAAUGCAGGAACACAUUGAUUCGUUGCAAAGUGAGGUGGACGCAAUUCGUUCGGACCAACAAGCCGCCGCUGACGAUGUCGAUGGCUACCUUAGUAACCCAGUAAAUGCUUAUCGUCUUAUUAAACGACUGCAGAGUGACUGGAACACAUUUGAAGAUGUUAUUCGUGCGGAUACUAGUCGUGCGGACUUCCUAAGUCGUAUGGAAACAUAUCGACAGACAUUGGACUUCCCCACCAAAGAAGACGUUAUUGGUUCAGCGGUGGCUUUAGUCCGGCUACAGGAAACUUACCAACUGGAUGUUGCCGAACUGGCGAGCGGUAUUUUGAAUGGGAUUAAAUAUGGUCCUUCAAUGUCUUGGCAAGAUUGCUUCCUACUCGGCCAUCAUCUAUAUGAAAUACAGGAUUUCAAUCACACCGUUCCGUGGCUCAAACAGUCAAUGCAAAUGCUCAAGAGUCAGGACUCCACCAAAGAUGCGGAGACGCUGGAUUUUAUUGAAACAGUUGUAGCCUAUCAUCGCGAAAUGGGUGACUUUGAGACUGCUUUGGAACUGACAAAUUAUAUUUUGUCCUUUGAUGCGACACGCGAGCAAAUGAGAGAUACCAAGUACUACUUGGAGCGCAUGGUGAGCGACGGUAUUAAGGCCGGCUUGAUGCAUGAAAUGAUACCACAGGCGGGUGACUAUCAUCUCAGCAAUGAUUUCAAGCGCUACGAACAGGUGUGUCGUGGUGAAUUGCAGCUCACUGCGGCCGAUGAGCGUCCACUUCGUUGUCGCUUUGAUAGUAAUAAUGCGCCUUAUCGUCUGCUACAACCGUACAAAGUGGAAGAACUCUACCUGAACCCGAGGGUACUGCAAAUAUACGAUGUACUCUCCACUAAUGACACAGAUGCCGUAAAGCAGUUGGCCAAAACGCGUAUGUCCCGGUCGCAGGUGCGAAAUCUAGAUGGUAGCGCUGCGUCGUCAGCCAAUUAUCGCAUCAGUAAGAGCGCAUGGUUUGCUUAUGAAGAGAGUGGGCAAAUGCAGAAAAUGCUGCGACACAUGGGGGAUUUGUCGGGUUUGAAUAUGAAAUAUGCCGAGCACUUGCAGGUGGCCAACUAUGGUAUCGGCGGACACUAUGAACCACAUUUCGACUUUUUUACAGAUAAUUGUACUUAUAACUUAUCGGAGGGAAAUCGUAUUGCCACUGGCAUAUUUUAUCUCUCGGAUGUGGAGGAAGGUGGCGGCACCGCUUUUCCCUAUCUUCGCUUGGUUGUUAAACCGCAGCAUGGAAGCGUGCUGCUCUGGUAUAAUUUACAUCGUUCCGAGGAGCCGGAUUAUCGCACUCGCCAUGCUGCCUGCCCGGUGUUGAAGGGCUCUAAGUGGAUUGGUAAUAUUUGGGUACGCGUACGCAAUCAGGACCGUGACCGUCCAUGUGGUCUCUUACCUGAUCACCAGGUGUCGCUAAAAUACAAACAUUUGGUUUAAAUACUCGUAUGCCUUUGUACCUAUUUAUGUAAUUUUAUAUUGAUGAAGCAAGUAUUUGCUUCUAUAAAAGUAUUUAUGUUGUGUUAUUUGUUUUUUCAAACGAAUUUUUAUCUCAACUAUUGUGAUUUUUAGGUUUAAAUAAAGAUUUAUUAUAACUGUA